GUUUGUUUGUUUGCUUGCCUCCUCCAGCCAGGAGCACCGGUGCCCCCCACCCCCGACUCCCAAGUACCCAGAGCCCUCGCAGGGGCACUGGCAAAGCUGCGCAGGUCAUCCUCUCAGGAGCCGUGGCUCCCGUCCGCCCCCUCCCUCCCUCCCUCCCUCCCUCCCGGCUCAGAGAAGCCUCCCUCCCGUGGCUCCUGUCUGCCCCUUCCUGGCUCACUUGCUGUUGCUUCUUGUUAAAAACCUCCAAAUUAUGAGUUUUGAUUGAUUCAUUACAUGCUUAUCCAUUUGAAUGUAAAGAGAAGAGGAGUGGGAAAGUAGACUUGGGUUUUUUUAAGGGAGCCGGGGAUCUCUCCGCUGGCAUGUGGGAGGAGGAGCAAGCCAUUAUGCGCCACGCACUCACACACACAUACUGGUGAGUUCUAUAUCGGCAAGAGGGAAGGAGCUCUCCCUACAAUUCUGCAAUUGCCCGUGGCUAUUGAGCUUUGGAGGGGGGGGGGCAAGAGUUGUUGAGGUUUUUUGUGUUUUUUUUAAGGGGGAGAGCUCUUUUUUUCUUUUAGGCUGGCAAGCACUAAGGAACCCACGAUCUACCUGCGAGCUACCAGAAACUUCCUCACGAUCUACCGGUAGAUCGCUAUGCCUGGCCUAGGGGAUCACAGAACUGGCUGGUGUUCUGACCCAGGCAGCAGAAAGGCAGCAGCGUGUUCCGAUUGCAGCUGCAGGAUGCUGAAAACUUUGAGCAAAGAGUAGAGAAGGCUGGCAAGCACUAAGGAACCCACGAUCUACCUGCGAGCUACCAGAAACUUCCUCACGAUCUACCGGUAGAUCGCUAUCGCCUGGCCUAGGGGAUCACAGAACUGGCUGGUGUUCUGACCCAGGCAGCAGAAAGGCAGCAGCGUGUUCCGAUUGCAGCUGCAGGAUGCUGAAAACUUUGAGCAAAGAGUACAGAAGAAAUUGGAAUGGCUAAUCGCCGAGGGGAUGGCAGAACUGGCUGGUGUUCUGACCCAGGCAGCAGAAAGGCAGCAGCGUGUUCCGAUUGCAGCUGCAGGAUGCUGAAAACUUUGAGCAAAGAGUAGAGAAGGCUGGCAAGCACUAAGGAACCCACGAUCUACCUGCGAGCUACCAGAAACUUCCUCACGAUCUACCGGUAGAUCGCUAUCGCCUGGCCUAGGGGAUCACAGAACUGGCUGGUGUUCUGACCCAGGCAGCAGAAAAGCAGCAGCGUGUUCCGAUUGCAGCUGCAGGAUGCUGAAAACUUUGAGCAAAGAGUAGAGAAGAAAUUGGAAUGGCUAAUCGCCGAGGGGAUGGCAGAACUGGCUGGUGUUCUGACCCAGGCAGCAGAAAGGCAGCAGCGUGUUCCGAUUGCAGCUGCAGGAUGCUGAAAACUUUGAGCAAAGAGUAGAGAAGGAGAGACUGAUACACAAGUCUAAGCACAUCUUGCUUGAAACAGAAAAAUACAGAAACGUGAAGGGGAAAUUGAGAGGAUUUCCUUUCCCCCUACUCGGAAGCAAGCAAUAGAGAAGACAGAGCAAUCUGUAAUUUCUUUAGGAACCGCGAAUAAACAAUUCAUAUAUGUGGAAUGUACAAUGUGAUUCAGUAAGUGAACACCCUUAGUUCACAUCAAUGAACUGAAACAAUGGAGAAACCAUUUAAAGGUAUGGAUUGUGGAAAGGACUUCAGUGGAAUGCUAAGAAUCCACCAGCGAACUCACACAGGGGCAAGACCUUUUAAAUGCAUGGAGUGUGGAAAGAGCUUCAGUCAGAGUAGACACCUUAAAAAGCAUCAACGAACUCACACAGGGCAGAAACCAUUUAAGUGCAUAGAGUGUGGAAAGAGCUUCAGUGAUAGCGGAACGCUAAGAAUCCAUCAGCGAACUCACACAGGGGAGAAACCAUUUAAAUGUAUGGAGUGUGGAAAGAGCUUCAGUCAGAGUGGAAACCUUAAAAAGCAUCAACGAACUCACACAGGGGAGAAACCAUUUAAAUGUAUGGAGUGUGGAAAGAGCUUCAGUCAGAGUGGACACCUUAAAAACCAUCAACGAACUCACACAGGGGAGAAACCAUUUAAAUGCAUGGAGUGUGGAAAGAGCUUCAGUGAGAGUGGAACACUAAGAAUCCAUCAGCGAACUCACACAGGGGCAAGACCGUUUAAAUGUAUGGAGUGUGGAAAGAGCUUCAGUGAGAGUGGAUGCCUUAAAAAGCAUCAACGAACUCACACAGGGCAGAAACCAUUUAAGUGCAUAGAGUGUGGAAAGAGCUUCAGUGAUAGCAGAACGCUAAGAAUCCAUCAGCGAACUCACACAGGGGAGAAACCAUUUAAAUGUAUGGAGUGUGGAAAGAGCUUCAGUGAUAGCGGAACGCUAAGAAUCCAUCAGCGAACUCACACAGGGGAGAAACCAUUUAAAUGCAUGGAGUGUGGAAAGAGCUUCAGUCAUAGUGGAGCGCUAAGAAUCCAUCGGCGAACUCACACAGGGGAGAAACCAUUUGAAUGUAUGGAGUGUGGAAAGAACUUCAGUCAUAGAGGAGCGCUAAGAAUCCAUCAGCGAACUCACACAGGGGAGAAACCAUUUAAAUGUAUGGAGUGUGGAAAGAGCUUCAGUGAUAGCAAAACGCUAAGAAUCCAUCGGCGAACUCACACAGGGGAGAAACCAUUUGAAUGUAUGGAGUGUGGAAAGAGCUUCAGUCAGAGUGGACACCUUAAAAACCAUCAACGAACUCACACAGGGGAGAAACCAUUUAAAUGUAUGGAGUGUGGAAAGAGCUUCAAAGACAGCAGCUCAGUGAAAAUCCAUCAGCGAACUCACACAGGGGCAAGACCGUUUAAAUGUAUGGAGUGUGGAAAGAGCUUCAGUCAGAGUGGACACCUUAAAAACCAUCAAAGAACUCACACAGGGGAGAAACCAUUUAAAUGUAUGGAGUGUGGAAAGAGCUUCAGUGAGAGUGGACACCUUAAAAACCAUCAACAAACUCACACAGGGGAGAAACCAUUUAAAUGUAUGGAGUGUGGAAAGAGCUUCAGUCAGAGUGGACACCUUAAAAACCAUCAACGAACUCACACAGGGGAGAAACCAUUUAAAUGUAUGGAGUGUGGAAAGAGCUUCAGUCAGAGUGGACACCUUAAAAACCAUCAACGAACUCACACAGGGGAGAAACCAUUUAAAUGUAUGGAGUGUGGAAAGAGCUUCAGUCAGAGUGGACACCUUAAAAACCAUCAACGAACUCACACAGGGGAGAAACCAUUUAAAUGCAUGGAGUGUGGAAAGAGCUUCAGUGAUAGCGGAAUGCUAAGAAUCCAUCAGCGAACUCACACAGGGGCAAGACCGUUUAAAUGUAUGGAGUGUGGAAAGAGCUUCAGUCAGAGUGGAACCCUUAAAAAGCAUCAACGAACUCACACAGGGCAGAAACCAUUUAAGUGCAUAGAGUGUGGAAAGAGCUUCAAUGAUAGCGGAACACUAAGAAUCCAUCAGCGAACUCACACAGGGGAGAAACCAUUUAAAUGUAUGGAGUGUGGAAAGAGCUUCAGUGAUAGCGGAACGCUAAGAAUCCAUCAGCGAACUCACACAGGGGAGAAACCAUUUAAAUGCAUGGAGUGUGGAAAGAGCUUCAGUCAUAGAGGAGCGCUAAGAAUCCAUCGGCGAACUCACACAGGGGAGAAACCAUUUGAAUGUAUGGAGUGUGCAAAGAACUUCAGUCAUAGAGGAGCGCUAAGAAUCCAUCGGCGAACUCACACAGGGGAGAAACCAUUUAAAUGUAUGGAGUGUGGAAAGAGCUUCAGUGAUAGCGGAACGCUAAGAAUCCAUCGGCGAACUCACACAGGGGAGAAACCAUUUAAAUGUAUGGAGUGUGGAAAGAGCUUCAGUGAUAGCAAAACGCUAAGAAUCCAUCGGCGAACUCACACAGGGGAGAAACCAUUUGAAUGUAUGGAGUGUGGAAAGAGCUUCAGUCAUAGAGGAGCGCUAAGAAUCCAUCAGCGAACUCACACAGGGGAGAAACCUUAUAAAUGUUUUGAGUGUGGAAAAUGCUUCAGUCAGAGUGGAGGCUUUAAUGUACAUCUACAAACUCACACGAGGGAGAAACCGUAGAAGACAUCAGCAAACUCACACGGGAAAAACAAUUUAAAUGUAUGUUUAAAUGUAUGUUUGUAAUCAUUUAUGUAAACACUGCCAACAGUACCUUUUUGCCUGUGUUAAGAAAAGAUGAAAAUUCUACACAAAUAUUCCUCCGCCGUGCAACAAAGGCAGGCGCUGCUCUUCCACUCGUAGCUCUAUGGGCCCCUGUGGUCCAAAACAAACCUGAAGUGUUCCCCCUAAAUCAGAUGUUUCCUGGGCGAUUGGGCAAAAGGAGCCCCUGGAAGUGGGGAGGGGGGCAUUGGAAAGGAGAGGAGGGGUGACAGUGCACAUUCUGCCCACAUCUUUUUUUUUAAGAAAUACUUUAUUGUUUAAUACAAAACAUAACAUAUAUACAAGUACAGCAUAAAUUUUCUUCUCAUUGAAUCACAUACAAAAAUAAAAAAUAAUAUGCAAAACAAAUUAUAUAAUUCAAAAUAAAUACUUCUUCGCAAUGUGAAGAGUAUGCCAUCCUUGUAUUUUGUCCUAUUUCCUCCCUCUUAAAUACUUCCCGUCCUUUUAACAAUACAAUAGCAGAUUCUUUAUUUUCCACAGGCCUGCAUUAUGAAUUUCCUCCUUUCUUUUCUUGGUUUUUCCUGAUCUCACUUUUGUGUUUUCAAACGUUAUUCUAUAUCUGCUAGUAUAGAAUUGUUAGGAUAAUACUUUUUAAAAUAUUUUUUUGUAAACACUCCAUUCUUUGGAUACAUUUUGUGUUGAUGAUCCCCUUACUGAGUCAGUAAGUUUAGCCAGUUGUACAUAUUCUAGCAUGAGCCUUUGCCACUCCAUUACAGUGGGUAAGUUCUCACUCUUCCACUUUCUUGCCACUAAUGCCCUGGCCGCCCGCAUCUAUAAAUUGCAAUACAGUGGUACCUCUGUAUGCUACCGCCUCGGGGAGCAACCGCUUCGGUUUCCGACCACCACGGACCUGGAAGUGUUUACAACCAGGUUCCGCAGCGCCCGGAUGUGCAGAAGAGAUCUGCGCAGCGCAUGCGUGCGCAGAGCGCUCUAUCGGCACUUCGUGCAUGCGCAGAAGCAUGAAUCAGGGAGCAAGCAACUUGGGGAGCAACUGGCUCCCCAGAACCAAUUGUGGUCGCAAACCGAGGUACCACUGUACAGGGAAUUGGAAAAGUGAACAAGGGAGGUGGGUGGCAGGGGAGGACAAAAAUAAGAUGCUGA